GAUUUAUAAGACAUUCUUCUUUUAUAAGUGAAAAAUGUUACUGAAUUGUAAAAAAUUUCUAAAUCAUAAAUGCUACAGAAAUCUGGCAACGAUUGUUAAUAGAAAAUUAAAUAUUUUGGGAAUUGAAACUUCAUGUGAUGAUACCGGCAUCGCAAUAGUUCGUCAUGAGAAUGGUCGCAAUACAGUGUUGGCAAACGUCUUAAAUUCACAACAAAGUUUUCACAUAAGGUAUGGUGGCAUAAUACCACCACGCGCUCAGGAUCUCCAUAGAUCUCAAAUUGCCAAUGUAUUUGAACGCUGUUUAGAAGAAUCUAAUAUUAAACCCGAUGAUAUUGAUGCUAUUGCAGUUACUAAUAGACCAGGUUUACCGUUAAGUCUAUUAGUUGGUUUACGAUUUGCCCGUUAUGUAGCCCGUUUAUACAAUAAACCUUUAAUACCGGUACAUCACAUGAAAGCUCACGCUUUACAAGCUCGCAUGGAGUAUGAUAUACCAUAUCCUUUUCUAUGCCUUUUAAUAAGUGGUGGCCAUAGUCAGUUGUGCUUUGUAAAAUCCGCUGAAGAUUUUCUACUGUUAGGUCAUAGUUUGGAUGAUGCUCCCGGUGAAGCAUUUGAUAAAAUCGCUCGACGUUUAAGACUGUAUAUAAAUCCAAAAUAUAGAAAAUGGAAUGGUGGUCAAAUCAUAGAAGAUGCCGCUAAAAAUGCCACAAAUCCCGAAGCAUUUGAAUUUCCAUUGCCUUUGGCACGUAUACGUGAUUGCAAUUUUAGCUUUGCUGGCAUGAAAAACAAUUCAUUUAGAACAAUUAAACGCCAGGAACUGAAGGAAGGCUGUCCCGCAGAUUCGGUUAUUUCAAAUUAUGCAGACUUCUGUGCGGGUCUCUUAAAUGCUGUAAGUCGCCACUUAAUGAAUCGAACACAAAGAGCUAUAGAGUUUUGUAUAGAACGUAAUUUCUUUGGUACUGGGCCCCGUUCACUAGUAGUAUCUGGAGGUGUGGCCAACAAUGAUACAAUAUAUCAAAACAUUUCUUAUUUAGCCGAGCAAUAUGAGUGUAAAACCUAUCGUCCCUCCAAAAAGUAUUGUUCGGAUAAUGGUGUCAUGAUUGCCUGGAAUGGUAUAGAACAGAUAUUAAGAGACAAUAAUUGCCUGAGAUGGGAUUAUAAUGCCAUAGACAUACAAGGUAAAGCAGAACUAGGUGAGUCUUUAAUAAGUGAUGUAACGGCAGCAAGUAUUAAAUGUAAAUGGAUACAUCCAACCCGAAGCUAAUAUUAAAUAAAUGAAAUAUUGUCUAAGAAUUUUAA